CUGCUGCGUUGCCAGUCUGCGCGCGCGCAUUCUCAAACUCUUUACCGUCCGAAUGUAAUGGCUGCAGAUGGCGUGGACGGACGGUUGAAAGGAACGGGAAAGGGAAGUAAAGGGCGCGCGCAUCAGACCAAACCCAAGACCGAAUGUUUAAAAUUAGUUCUUGUUUUUGCCCGUCUAAAUUUACUCAGCAUUACAAACAGACGGAGAGCAUUCGGCGCAACAUAGAUACACUCUGGCACGGUCGGCUGUUCACAGUGCGCUAUCCGUGUCCGUGUGUGUGUGUGUGUGUGUAUUUUCACCCUCUUUCACAACACCACAACUCGUUACAUCGUCGUCAUGCGAUCCAGUCACGGGCAAGUGUCCAUCUACUAAUCGUCUCCUUCAUCCGAAACAUUCAAACGUGUUGUGAACUACCGGGGAUGUGAGUUCCGCCCCGAGAGGAAAAAAAAAAAACAAGGAACACCUCACCCACUGUCACGAGGACCCGGGAGGAGCGGGACGUGCCACACACGUCUGGUGUGAGCGUGUGUGUGUUAUUGUGGGACAGCCAGCAUUUGUGUUCCAGCCAGUCUAGUGGUUGCGGAAAGCGGAAAGAAAACACGAUAAACCCGUACACAGGCGACGAGUCAAACCGAAAUGAUCCGGCAACGUUCGUCCGUCCGGAGCCGCGGCUCAUCCUCCACCACGAUCAGCGAUCCACGCGAGAAGGUAAAGGACUGCUGCCGCAAGUUUGUCGCGUUCAUGUGCACCCAGGUCGGGGUGGGUGGGUUAAUAGUGGCGUACGCGCUCGUCGGUGCCGCCAGCUUCAUGUCGAUCGAAACGCAGGAACCGAACCCGCUGAUCGAGCAUGUCGUCACGCUCCGGCGGAACUGUGCCGCCGAACUGUGGGACGUCACGGAGCAGCUUAACCUGUUCAACAGCUCGAUCUGGCACUACGAGGCAGAUCUCGUGCUGAAACGCUACCAGGACGACUUUGCCGAAGCAAUACGGCGCGGGUACGAUGGCCGGUCGCCGGAAGAGGUGUGGAACUUUCCCGCCGCGCUCAUGUUCUGUCUCGCCGUCUUUACGAUGAUCGGGUACGGUAAUAUGGUGCCGCGGACGGCUUGGGGUAAGGGUGCGACCGUCAUCUACGCCACGUUCGGCAUUCCGCUGUACAUACUGUACUUUAUGAACAUGGGCAAGGUGCUAGCGUCGACGUUCAAAUGGCUGUACACCUGGUUCCACGAGUGUAGCCACCGGAGCGACGAGGACGGUGGGUUAGCGCUGGAGGAAGGGCCGGGUGGAUUGGCGCCCCGGAAGCGUAUCAUCGUACCGACGACCGCCUGCCUGUGGGUAAUCACCAUCUACAUCGCCACCGGUACAAUCAUGUUUGCCGAGUGGGAAAAAUGGACGUACCUCGAUUCGGCCUACUUUUGCGUGACGAGCCUGUGCAAGAUCGGGAUCGGUGAUUUGGUACCGGGCGCGAACAUACUGGACUCGCAGAGCGGCAAACCGACCAAGCUGGUCAUCAACUUCGUGUACAUGCUGCUCGGGAUGGGGCUGGUCGCGAUGUGCUACAUACUGAUGCGGGAGGAGGUCCGGAUCAAGAUGCAGGAGAUCAAGGAGGAUACGCGCCUGUGUCUGGAGGAUCUGAGCGCCAAGUUUGCCAAGUGCUGCGGUACGAAAGACUCGCAGUACUACGACUAAGUGACCAAUUCCAUGUCAAUGUUUAAGGAGCAGCAGCAGCAGGAGAUUAUGCAUGAUAUGAUGCCUUCCUAGCCGUAAAACGCUCAUGUAUUAGUAGUGUAACAACUUUUGUUUAUCAGGAUUAUCAAGCGUAUAAGCGUACACAGAAGCAGUGCCCAACAAACCACAACAAAUGUGGAAGAAACGUGGAGCUACAAAAAAAAAAAAAACAAAAGGAUAAAGAAAAAAAUGUUUUGUAAUCAUUGCACGUUCAUCAAAAAAUAAAAGCCCGCUCAAUCAAUCGA